AUGAAUACGCGUCCGUGGGGACAAUGCCCGCUCUUCGCAGAAGCCCCGAUAUUUGGUAAGACCAAGUUAUAUUGGGAUGAAUGGAAGAAGCAGUGGAAUGCGCGGCUGGAUGAAUGGGCGGCGCAGGCAGCUGCUCAAGAGCAGGUCUCGCUUGAAUCGAUCUCAAACGACACGAGAUCAAGGAAUGAUCUCGAGGAUGAAAAUGAGAUUACUGGUUCCUUGCAACGAAAGGUCUCCGAAUUACGGAAACGACAUGAUUCGGACGCGUCCGCCUCCAGGCUGGCGCUAUUAAAUCUCUCCGAGCACCAACCAAAUCGAACACAAAAACGGGACGCUGAUAAACAACGUCAUCAACGGCGCGUUUCAAUUCAACUUCCUGACCGCCUAAAAGCUACGAAAGCGUCUCGUGCGAGAUAUCGCGCCAAAAAUGACGAUGCUUCGAGACCACAAGUCGAUAUGAAGAUACUAAGCAAGGAUAGUCCAGCCCUCGGCGAGGCCGUCUCCGAGGAUCGAGACAAGGAAAUGAUCGAGCAGCAGGAACACGAAUCAUCUGAGAUCGCCACGGUUAAACCGCAGAAUACUGCUCGCGAGAGACGUCGAGAACGUUUCAAUGUCGAUCUAAAAUAAUAAAAAAAGGAAGAUUAAAGAUACAUUUUAAAAUAUUCAAUAUAAUAGGUUUUUAAAAUGAUAUCUAUCAUCGCUUUCAUAUAUCACAAAUCAAACGC